AUGGACUUCGACUUCGACAAGCACAUCAAGGAGAUGGAGGCACAGAACUACGAGGAGGAUGUGAAGGACCAUGCCGAGUAUGACUUCGUCGGUAACGACUCACAUGAGGAUCUUCUUGCUUCGUCCGAGGCUGAUCAAGCUGCCACUGCUCAGCUUGCCCAUUCAAAUGCUUCGCCACGCCGUAUCCGCGCAAAGAUCAGCCUUCGCGAACCUCAGAACCUACAGAACCUCUUGUCAAUGCCGCGUGAAUUCGACAACAUGCGUGAUGGUGGUUCUGAGACCCUAGUACAGGGACUUGUUUUUACCUGCUGGGUGGUCAGAACGCAAUACACGACGCAUUGUCGGAUCGACAAUGGCAAAGACAAGUACGGCGACGAUUGGGAAGAGUCAUUCCGCAGCCGAAUCGAGGAGGCUGACGAUAUCACUGCUACCGAUAUGAUGCAGCAUAAAGACGAUGAGUUGGAAGGUUCUGUUGACUAUGACAUUCGCGACAUGGGCAAGGGACUGCUCAAGCAUCCCAAGGAGAAGCCACUGCCGGGUCCAGGUCAGCUCCUGGUCCUACUACUCGGAAACAUGGCCUCCGGUUUCCCCAACUUGAUGACGCCUUCUUCAGGUCAGCUCACGGGCACUAUGGGAUCAAUGUACCUGACCACGCCGGCGUCAACUUAUCCAAGGUCCCCAGUUACUCCUGGUCGCAUCGGUCCUCCAAGCACCCAGAGGCUCGGCGUGACGUCCGCUACCAUGACGCCACCACCUCUCGCCUCUCUACCUCGAUCACACCAACCAAAGAGCGCUACGAGCCCUUUCAGACAUUCCAACUGUCUAGCCCCUUUCCUCAAGAUGAGGAGUCCUCCAGUAGCAAGCUGA